CAAAAGAAAGGCUGCGGUCGUAGAAAAGCUGAGAUUUCUCUAAUUUGUGAGGCUUUCGGAUUUUACCGCUCUGACUCGCCGGAAUUUUGAGUUCCCGUUCGCGUCCGGCUUAGGGUUUCUGUAUUUUCUGUUCUUCUCUAUUUGAAAUUAGGGCAAAGAAGGAGCAGAAUCAGUGACAAGAGUAGGGUUAACUUGCUCCAACUAGGUUUUUUUUUUGUGUUUAUAGUUCUUUGAUGUUUGAUUUCUUGCUUAUGAGGGUUUCGUGAAGGCUGUCUUGGGUGAGAAAUCUGCGAUGUUUACGCCUCAGAAGAAGGCAUGGUCGGGUUGGUCUCUCACGCCGCACAAGAAUACUGGUGGUUCAAUUACAAACCCUAGAAACGGCGGUGUAGCAGAUGGAAGUGCUGCGAAGGGGAAGGCCGUUGCUUUUCUGGACGGGCCACCGCCUCCUGCUGCGUUGUUGAGUAACAAUGGUCGGAAGACGUUGGAUGAGAACGUCGCCGUUGGUGAAGACACGGAGGUCUGGCGGCGGUUUAGAGAAGCUGGGUUGUUAGAUGAGGCAUCGUUGGAGAGGAAAGACAAAGAAGCGAUUAUGGAGAAGGUUUCGAAGCUUGAAAACGAGCUUUUCGAAUACCAGUAUAAUAUGGGGCUGCUUCUGAUCGAAAAGAAGGAAUGGACGUCAAAGUAUGAAGAAAUCAGGCAAGCAUUAGCAGAAGCACAGGAGAGCCUCAAAAGGGAACAAGCAGCUCACUUGAUGGCAAUAUCUGAAGUAGAGAAGCGAGAGGAAAAUUUAAGGAAGGCCUUGGGUGUUGAGAAGCAGUGUGUGGCUGAUCUUGAGAAGGCCUUGCGCGAUAUGCGUGCUGAAUAUGCAGAAAUCAAGUUUACAUCCAAUACAAAGCUGGCUGAGGCCAACUCUUUAGUUGCUAACAUUGAAGAGAAAUCUUUGGAGGUGGAAGCAAAGCUUCAUGCUGCAGAUGCCAAGCUAGCUGAGGCAAGUCGAAAGAGUUCCGAGAUGGAGAGGAAGUUGCAAGAACUGGAGGCUCGUGAAAGUGUGCUUAGAAGGGAACGCCUAUCAUUGAAUGCAGAGCGAGAAGCACAUGAGGCUGCUUUCUCUAAACAAAGGGAAGAUCUGCGGGAGUGGGAAAGAAAACUACAGGAGGGUGAAGAGAGGCUUUGUGAGGGUAGGAGGAUCGUGAACCAGAGAGAGGAGAGGGCAAAUGAGAAUAACAGAGCUUUAAAGCAAAAGCAGGAGGAGCUCGAAGAGGCAGAGAAAAAGAUCGAGAUAACUAACUUGUCUUUGCAAAAGAAAGAGGAAGAUAUAAAUGUUAGAAUCUCAAAUCUUGCUGUUAAAGAGGAGGAAGCUGAUGCUUUGAAGAGGAAUCUAGAAGCAAAAGAGAAGGAACUAAUAGCACUUGAAGAAAAACUCAAUGCCAGAGAAAGAAUGGAGAUCCAGAAGCUCAUUGAUGAGCAUAAUGCCGUAUUGGAUGUCAAAAAGCAGGAGUUUGAAUUGGAAUUGGAUGAAAAGAGGAAAUCCCUGGACGAGGAGUUGAAAAACAAGGUUGUUGAAGUGGAGCAGAGGGAAGUUGAACUUAAUCACACCGCUGAAAAAAUUGGAAAAAGGGAGCAGCAGUUGGAAAAGAAGUUGGAGAAAAAUAAAGAGAAAGAAAAAGACCUUGAAUCAAAAUGGAAAGCCUUGAAGGAGAAGGAAAAGUCUUUCAAAGCUGAACAGAAGAGCUUAGAGAAGGAGAAGAAGCAAAUGCUUGCAGACAUAGAGAACUUGCAGGCUCUCAAGGACAACCUUGAGAAGUUAAAGGCUGAGGUUGAGGAGCAACAACUGAAGUUACAAGAAGAGAGGGAAAAAUUCAAAUUAACUGAAGAAGAGAGAGAGGAACAUUUUCGCCUGCAGUCAGAACUUAAACAGGAGAUAGAGAAGGCCAGACUUCAGAAGGAACUCCUAAUGAAGGAAGUCGAUGAUCUGAAGCAGGAAAGGGAGAAUUUUGAGAGAGAGUGGGAAGUAUUGGAUGAGAAGAGGGCUGAAGUUACAAAAGGGCUAAAAGAGGUCACUGAGGAGAAGGAGAAGUUUGAAAGACUAAAACAUUCUGAAGAGGAAAGGUUGGGCAAUGAAAAGCUAGCUAUGCAGGAUUAUAUUCAGAGAGAGAAGGAAGCUCUUGCACUGGAAAGAGAAUCAUUCGAAGCUAGCAAGAAGCAUGAAGAAUCACAAAUUUCAGAGAGGGGCCGAAGUGAACAUGAUCAACUGCUUCGUGAUUAUGAGCUGCGGAAAAGAGAGCUUGAAGCUGUUUUACAGAGUAGGCAGGAAGAAAUGGAGAAAGACCUGAAGGAAAGAGAGAGGGAAUUUGAAGAUAAGAGAGAGAAAGAAUUGACUAAUAUUAAUUUUUUGAGGGAAGUAGCUCAAAGAGAAAUGGAAGAAAUGAAGCUGGAGAGGCAAAGGAUUGAGAAGGAGCUGCAGGAAAUUGCUGCAAGUAAAAAGCACCUCGAAGGUCACCAAGUUGAAAUUGGGAAAGACAUUGAUGCCCUUGUUCUCCUCAGUGGGAAGCUAAAGGAACAAAGGGAGCAGCUUGCCAAGGAGAGAGAUCAUUUCUUAGCAUUUGUGGAGAAACACAAGAGCUGCAAGAAUUGUGAAGAUAUUACCACUGAAUAUUUGCUGUCUGAUUUCCAAUCCCUUCCUGAAGUGGAGAAUGUAGAGGUCCUUCCCCUACCAAGAUUGGCUGAAGAUUAUUUGAAAGAGAGUUUGCGGGGCAAUCUGGUUGCUUCUGAGAGGAGAAAUGUUGAAUCAACUCCUGGUGCAACAGGUUCAGGUUCCCCUUCUUCUGGUGGGCGGAUGUCUUGGCUUCGGCAAUGCACCUCGAAGAUAUUCAAGUUGUCCCCAGUUAAAAAGACGGAACCAACUGCUGCUCCUACUUCGGCAGAGAAAUACCCUCUAGGUGCUGUAGAAGUUAUUGCAGAAGGAACAUCAAAAGGAUUAUUUAGUGUUGAAGAUGAGCCAGAACCAUCAUUUGCAGUACCAAGUGAGAGAAUCCAAUCAGAGCAUAGAAUCAGAGAGGAGGAAACUGCCCCCUGUCUGUCUUUUAAUGAGCCGAGUUAUAUGGACAGUGAGGCACAAGAAAUUGCAGAAGAUUCCCAGCAUUCAGAGUUCAAGGGUGGUCAACGCAAACCUGGCAGGAGACGCAAACCUGGAGUUCAUAGAACUCGCUCUGUGAAAGCAGUUGUUGAGGAUGCAAAGUUCAUUCUUGGGGAAAACUCACAAGAAAACAAAAAUGAGCAACAAAAUGGGAAUGCUGUAGACUCAUCAUGUAUCAAUGACGAAAUCCGUGGAGAUUCUGGUCCUGCAGAUAAAGAAGUUACAAGUAUCGGAAGGAAGCGAAACCAUGCCCAGGCCUCCAGAACCACAUUGAGUGAGCAGGAUGCCGAUGACAGCGAGGUGCGUUCUGACAGUGUCACAGCUGGAAGGGGCAGGAAAAGGCGGCAAACUGUUGUGUCGGAUAUGCAACGUCCUGCUGAAAAACGAUACAACCUGAGGCGACCUAAAAGAGCUGCAGCAGCAGUGCAGGCGUUGCCUGCUCCGACAAAGGAACAGCAAGCAGCAGCUGGUGAUGGCAAGUUUACUGGAGAAGCUUCUAAACCGGAAGCUAAUAUUGCCACUGCAGAGGGAGUUGCUGGUGAAAAUGGAAAACAUGCACAUUUGGAGUUGGUGUCUGUAAAAAGUGUUGUGGAAGUUCAUGAGUUCUCAUCAGAAAGGAUUGUUAGGUUUGAAAGAGCAGAAGAAAAUGAUGACAACAAUGGUGCGGCGAAGUCUGAUGGAAAUGUGGAGCUGAGCGAGGAAGUAAAUGGCACACCAGAAGGAGCUGCUGUGGAGGAGUAUGCUGAUGAAGAUGGAUAUGGAAGUGAAGCUGCUGCUGCUGCUGCUGCUGCUGGGGUAGGGGAGGAUGAAGAGGAGUAUGGGGAAGAAGAUGGUGAGGAUGAAAAUGAGGAGUCCGAACAACAUCCUGGUGAGGUUUCCAUAGGGAAGAAGCUCUGGCAUUUCUUAACCACGUGAUCAUAUAUUUUUAGUGGUUCUGUUGUUAGGAUCUCUCUACGUUUCUUUCAGAGGUCGUCUGUGUAUUAACAUUAACAUAGUGUAAUUUUCCUUCUGGGUAUUUUUCCCCUCCUCUUAAUUUGGAGGGAAGGGUAAGUUUUUUUUUUUUUUUUUUUUUUUUUUUGGGUGUGUUACUGUUUCUCUGAUUAGGAUGUUUGGUUGUCAUAUUUGGUCAAACAGUUGAUUGGAUGAUUUGAUGUAUUUUAAGUUGUCGGCCGAUUUUUAGGCUGGGACGGGGGUCAGUCCAUUGUCAAAAUAUAUUUGUCUGUUUCAA